AUGUCUCCCUCAAAUGCGAAACCCAAUGAUAUAGACUCGGAUGGAGCUGCUGAAGAUGCCCUCUUACAGCGAUAUGGACUCGACGCCGAGCAUUUGUCGCCCCGACUGGAGUCAAGCGGCCAGCCAGGCACGGCGGCUAUACUUGGGCUUUUGUUUGAUCAGCAAUGGGACUUACUGUGGCAGGUUUUGGUGAAAAAAAGUGCGAAAUCUAAUGCCAACAGAUUCGAUUCGCUGAGGAGAGAAGUUGCGGCAUUGAGUGGCAUUUCGGAUAGCCGAGUCCCACAACUUGUAGAAAGCACAGAACUACAAUCAAACUUCUGGGUUGUCAUCGAGUUACAACCGGGAAUGUCUCUGUCCCAAUACAUGCAGAGUUCAGAUUCUCAAUCAGCUGAUCAGAUCAAGUCAUUCAUUAAUCAGCUCUUCUCAGGUGUGGCUGUUAUCUUCAACUCGGGUUUUGCUCACCUACGCCUUUGCGAUGAAACAAUAUUCAUCGACGACACUGGCCAAGUAACCAUUCGGGAUUUUCACUGUGCCUAUGGAUAUACACCCGACAAUAUCGGUGGAAUUUAUGCUUGUAUUGAUGCGAAGAUUGGGAAUGAUAUUUAUACGGCCCCCGAAGUGUUCUCAAGCAUCAGGUAUAAUGCUCGGAAGGCUGUGAUGUGGAGUUGUGGUGUGGUUAUCUAUUUCAUAUGCACUGGGCAGACUGAUAAGCUGUCGACUUUAGCCCAUCCUGCAUUCGAAGAUGAAGCCGUGGUCAAGCCAAAACGGAAGAUGUCCACGGCGUCACAACAAGCGUUGAAGGUACCGGUGGUAAAUUAUCCUGAUCGAUUCGCCGUGCCUGCCUAUGCGAGGGACAUCAUCUCGAAAAUGCUUCAAGUCCAACCGGAGAAGCGAGCUGAAUUAAUUGAAGUUGCGGCAAAGGUGCCCAAGGAAUUUGUUGGCAAGGAGACAAGACCUCUGAUGGAGUUGGCGUGGCUUGACUACAAAUCGCACGUCGGCCCCAACGCAGGUCUGUCACAAGGUGCAUCUGACGAUUCCAGCUUGUUCUCCUUUGGCGGGACAAGUGUUUUCAGCAGACAUUCGUUCAGCCAGUUACUCCCAGGCCGACGAAAAAGCUCUGUUACAAGAGACUGGGCGGUGGCGGCUUCGCCGCAAGGCGAGAGUAGAAGAAAGUCAUUCUUUCGCUAA